AUGCCCACACUUUCAGAGAAGCGUACAGUGUGUAGCCACCCCAGGGUGCGGGCUCAGGCAGAGGACAGGCUACUGAGGACUCUGUUCAGCCAUUACAACAAACUGGCACGCCCUGUGGCCAAUGUCUCUGAUGUGGUGCAUGUGCACUUUGGGUUGUCCAUUGCCCAGCUCAUUGACGUGGAGUGGAAUGACUACAAGCUCUGCUGGAAUCCAAAGGAAUACGAGAAUGUCACCUCCAUGCACAUCCCAUCCCAUCUAAUCUGGAGACCAGAUAUAGUUCUUUACAACAAUGCAGAUGGUGAUUUCUCCGUGACCCACCUGACCAAGGCCCACCUGUUCCACGACGGGCGCAUCAAGUGGGUUCCCCCGGCCAUCUACAAGUCCUCCUGCAGCAUCGACGUCACCUUCUUCCCUUUCGACCAGCAGAACUGCACCAUGAAGUUUGGCUCGUGGACCUACGACCGCACCAAGAUCGACCUAAUCAGCAUGGCGGGCAAUGUGGACCAGAUGGACUACUGGGAAAGUGGCGAGUGGGUGCUGGUGGACGCCGUGGGCAACUACAACAUCAAGAAGUACGAGUGCUGCCACGAGGUCUACUCUGACAUCACCUAUUCCUUCAUCAUCCGGAGACUACCGCUGUUCUACACCAUUAAUCUGAUCGUGCCCUGCCUGCUGAUCUCCUGCCUGACUGUCCUGGUGUUCUAUCUGCCCUCUGACUGUGGAGAGAAGAUCACCCUGUGUAUCUCUGUGUUGCUGUCUCUCACCGUCUUCCUCUUGCUUAUUACCGAGAUCAUCCCGUCCACCUCGCUGGUUAUCUCGCUCAUCGGGGAGUACCUCCUCUUCACCAUGAUCUUCGUCACCCUUUCCAUCAGCAUCACCAUCUUCGUGCUCAACGUACACCACCGCUCGCCGCGCACGGACACCAUGCCCCGCUGGGUGCGCCGCGUCUUCCUGGACGUUGUCCCCGGAUUCCUGUUCAUCCGGCGGCCUGCCGCGGUCAAGGACAACAAGAAGAGGCUGGCGGAGGCCAUGCAGAAGAGGGCCAUGCUAUGGGGUGAGCUGGAGGCUGAGCUGGAGGUCCAGGAGAUCCUGGCCCGCUCCCCUUCUCUCUUCUUGGGCCGACCCAUGGAGGGUUCCCUGCCCCCCAAGCUUCCCCAGCAACAGCAGCAGCCCCUGGACAAGUCCAGCCAGUACUCCAUCCUCCCAGAGGAGCCGACCACCUCGUCCCAGCCAGGCUGCUCUUCUCUGUUCCUCCACCCUCUCUUCCCACCCAGGGACAAGCACCACGCGGCCAGGCCCAAGAUGCGUUCCCUCAGCUUACAGUACGGCCUGGGUGAGAGGGAGCAGCCCCAGACCAGCAUCCGCUGUCGCUCGCGCAGCAUCCAGUACUGCUGCCUGCAUGAGGAAGUCUCCUCCAUGGGUAACGGCAUGCAGCGGCCUCUCUCUCAACACCCAUCCCUGAUGGAGGAGAGGAAGCAGAGCUGCUCAGCUGUCUGCAAGUAUCACUCAGGCCUGGCCAAGGAAGCCAAAGCAAUGACCAAGGACCAGCGGCUCCUCGUCUUAUCCCCGUCCAUGAAGAUGGCCAUGGAAGGUGUGCAGUACAUCGCAGACCACCUCCGUUCAGAGGAUAUCGACUUCUCUGUGAAGCAGGAGUGGAAGUACGUGGCUAUGGUCCUAGACCGGAUCUUUCUGUGGUUGUUCAUCUUGGUGUGUCUCCUGGGGACCCUCGGACUCUUCGUCCCUCCCUGGCUGGCUGGAAUGAUAGACCUGUCUGACUCCAAACACUUCUGA